AUGCUGGACAUGUCGACGCUCAUCUAUAUCUACAAUAAAUGCUUUGCAUUCAUCCUGCGAGCCUUUAUGAGGCUAUCCAGGAAUCUCACAGCCACACCAGAUGAAAUACGCCAUAUCAAGUCCCGCGACACUGGUCGAACCAUCAAGGCUCAUCUGUAUCGCUCCUCCGGCCCCAGCCCAUCCCCUGUUCUCAUGAACUUCCACGGAAGUGGCUUUGUACUUCCUCUUCAUGGAGACGACGAUGAGUUUUGCCGCCGAGUCAGCCGCGAAACAAAGUAUACCGUCCUGGAUGUCCCCUAUCGUCUAGCGCCAGAGCACCCCUUUCCCGCCGCUCUAAACGACGUGGAAGAUGCGAUCAAAUAUGUCCUCGCAAGCCCAGAAGAGUUCGACCUGACGCAUGUGUCUUUAUCUGGAUUCAGUGCUGGCGGUAAUCUCGCGUUGGCAGCUGCCUCAAACCUCUUCCCGCGCGAUACUUUCCGCUCCUUACUGGCAAUCUAUCCUGUGACCGAUCUGAGCCGGGAGUCUGCUUCAAAGAUCGCCCCAGCCCGCGCGGACUUCCAUAUUCCCGUCCCUAUUAUGCGUUUCUUCAACAGUUCCUACCUGCCCUCGGCCUUGGACAGGCGGGACCCGCGCAUCUCGCCGCUUUAUGCGCAGGCAGACCAAUUCCCACGGCGUAUUCUCAUGAUCACGGCUGACGGGGAUAGUCUCGCACUGGAGGCUGAAGAACUAGCCCAAAAGAUCCAGAAGUUGGAGGGUUGGUAUGUGGUCAGCCAGCGCAUGGAGCCUAACUGCAGCCAUGCGUGGGACAAGACCACGAGGGCGGGAACCCCGCAAUACGAGGCUAAAGAACGGGCAUAUCAACUGGCGUUUGACAUGUUGAACGAAUAA